AUGGCUGUUAAAGGAUUAGGUGCAAUUGAUCAACAAUACGAUGGUAUGUAAAGAAUUAUUCGUUUGCUUGUUUUUUUUUUUUUUUUAUUUUCUUAACUAACUUCCCCCCAGGUUCUUCAUUAAGAAUUGGUAUAAUUCAUGCUAGAUGGAAUAAGAAAAUUAUAGAUUCAUUAGUCAAUGGUGCUGUUUCUAAAUUGAAAUCAUUAGGUGUGAAAGAAGAAAACAUAAUUAUUGAAUCAGUUCCUGGUUCUUUUGAAUUACCUUUUGGUUCAAAAUUAUUUCAUGACAAACAAAAGAAAUUAGGUAAACCAUUAGAUGCAAUUAUUCCAAUUGGUGUUUUAAUUAAAGGUUCAACUAUGCAUUUUGAAUAUAUUUGUGAUUCUACAACUCAACAAUUGAUGAAAUUAAAUUUUGAAUUAAAUUUACCUGUUAUAUUUGGUGUUUUAACUUGUUUGACUGAAGAACAAGCAGAAGCAAGAGCAGGUUUAAUUGAAGGUAAAAUGCAUAAUCAUGGUGAAGAUUGGGGCGCUGCUGCUGUUGAAAUGUCCUUGAAAUUUAACUAA